UUCUGAAAGGUUUUCUUGAUAAAAAAAAACAUUCUGGAAAGUGCUUACUGACAUUCCAAGAUCACAGAAACUUGAGAUCGAUUUUGUAUUGAAUAAUGAAAUAAAUCUGCUUUUUAACUAUAAAAGGCGAGUGGUGCUACUGGAUUUAUGAAAAAGAAUCUUCGAAGCUUCUCUAUAAUGCAAAAGAAGAAUGCGCUCCAGAAAGUUUUUUGGGAGUUAGUGCGUCUGAUUAUGCUUCUACAAUGAUAUUGCCUUCUAUUAUCAAAGCAAUUGAAGACAUUUUGUUUGUAAUAGCUUUUGGUCUGAUAGAGACGUCCAGCUACAUUAGAAAAACAACUAGUAUUUAUUAUUCAUAAAAGGUCAAUUUUCAAUGCAUGGAUGGAUAUAUAUUACUAGUUUACUGCUAAGCCCUUUUCACUUAGGAGAUCCAACUGAAUCGUUUUAACCACAAUUGAUUUGUAUUGGUGAAAUGACGUCUCUUUCAAUUCUCAUUAAGUUCUAUUAGCUUCCACUAAGUAAUAAUCUGGUUCAUUCCAAACACAAUCAAGACUCUGUAUUGGUGAAAUAAUUACUCUUUCAAUUCUCAUUAUAUUGAAUGGCAUUGUUUUAUAAUCGAAACAAGCAUUAGCGCUUGUUAAUUUGUUGAGCCUGACAAAGCGGGCAAUUUGCUAAGGUUUGCUAAGACCUCUAACUUGUCGUUAGUUUGUUGUCCAACAUGAUGGAUUUCAUCUACACGAAAUUGCAUGGCGACAAAGUUGACCGCAACCAGUACAACUCGUUUUUGAAAAUAAUGAAGCUACUUUUGAUUGUGUCCGGAUUAAGGAAACAAUCAAAUAUCAAAGAAUUGAAUUUGAUCGUAGUAAUCAUCAACGUGAUUUUACUUAUUUCAGGAUGUAUAACAUGCUUGAUGUCCUGUUUGAGAUUUAUCAAUGAUCUAAACACUUUUACAGAAGCAUUGAUGUUUUUUAUUUUAUUUGCAAGAGUAGUUGGCAAUUAUUAUUCGCUCGGAAGAAACCUGAGAAAAAUAAAUAGAUUCCUGUGGGCCUGUGAAACGAAUUUCUACGACUUUGAAAAGAAAAAUCUAAAUGAAAUCUCAAAUUUCAAACAAAUGGGCGACUAUUCUGUUUUAAGAUUUGUUGUAUUGAUGGUUUCUCUUUUCGUGUCCAUGUUUAUAACGUACACAUCAUCCUUUCGCUUUUUCCCGAUCACGAGUCCUUGGGACAACCAAAUUAAUUCCAGUGAAUUCCUUUCGUACGUUUCACUGUUGUACCAGAUUAUAGUGUGCUUCAUUUCUAGUAUUGUAAGCUUGACAGAUGCCACCUUGGGUCUGGGCUCUGUCAAAAUUAUUUGUGGCGAAACUGAAAUUUUGGGUCGAUCUCUCAAAUCUACUGAUGGAAAUUUGCAGCUCAAAUUGAGCGUGAAGCAGCAUUGCUUUCUUAUCAGUUUGAUGUACAAUAUUCAAUCUAUAUUCAGUCUGAAUAUAUUUUUGAUAUUCAUUUCAUGCGAGUUCAUGCUGUGCCUAUGCAGCUUUCAAAUUUACCAAAUGCAUGCAACAAUGACCAUAGCCAGCUUGGGGAAAAAUAUCUGCAUGCUAUGCGCUCUUCUUUUUCAUGAAUUUGUGUACUUUUUCUAUGGGCAACAGCUUGUUAAUAAGACGGCCGAUAUACAUCAUGACGUAUAUUUUUGCAAAUGGUACAAAAAAACUGCACAGUUCAAAAGUUCCACCUCAAUAAUACAAUACCGAACGAAACAACCGUUCAUUAUUAUGGCCGGAAAAAUCAUUCCUGUAACUCUCGCAUCAUACGUGGCGUGUUUGCAGGCAGCCUUCUCAUAUUUUAACUUGCUAAAAGCUCUAUCACACAAUCAAGAGGGCUGACGGACAAUCUCCGAGAGAACACAGUCAUUCAAUUCAGAUUUCUAUUAUAAGAUUGAGAAUCUUUAUUAUUAGUAUUAUAGUGAGGUCCACGUUAUAGGCCUAAUGUCAGUGGAUAAAGAUAGAAGAAUAGCGAUGCCGAUUCUCUGCAUUAAUUAAUUAUAUUUCUACACUGUCAAGAACAUAAUUGACAUCGUUGUGGACCUUGAAAAGGAUAGUACCACCGGCUAUGUCGAAUGAUAGACAAGGAUAGCAAAACCAAAGUUGAUCAAAUACUGUCAUUAUAACGUGGACCCCACUAUAGCCAUAUUUAUUGAGAAAAUAUACUCAUUUGUUCUGUUAAUUCAAAAUAAAAUCGUUACUAAAAUUUAUUUAACCCUUUAUUUAUUUUAUUAUCGAUUUAUAAAUUUAUUUAAUUUUUAUCGAUCUCUCUUGAAAAUGGGCCACCUUCAUUUCGAUUCUGUUUGCUGUCAACCUUCAACAAUGAUUAUAGUUUGUGUAAAAUAAGUUGAGACUUGUGCCUCCAUCCGAAGAAAUUACAGGGUUGCCAAAUCGUGUAAAAUUGCAAAUUUCCAAUUCAGAAUUGGAUGUAGAGUAUCAUCACCGAUAUCCGAUAGAGCUCAUUAAUGACUAUUUCAGGUAUGAAUUUAAUCAAAAUCGUUGGAGCCAUUUUCGAGAAAAUCGCGAAAAACCCUGUUUUUGACAACAUUUUCG